AUGGCCCAGGCCCUGGGGGAGGACCUGGUGCAGUCUGGUGAGCAGGAUGACUCCAGCUCUUUGGGGUCUGACUCAGAGCUGAGUGGGCCCGGCCCAUAUCGCCAGGCUGACCGCUAUGGCUUCAUUGGGGGCAGCUCAGCAGAGCCAGGGCCAGGUCACCCUCCUGCAGACCUUAUCCGCCAGCGGGAGAUGAAGUGGGUGGAGAUGACCUCACACUGGGAGAAAACCAUGUCUCGGCGGUACAAGAAGAUAAAGAUGCAGUGCCGGAAAGGCAUCCCCUCGGCCCUGCGGGCCCGGUGCUGGCCCCUGUUGUGCGGGGCCCAUGUGUGUCAGCAGAACAGCCGUGACACUUAUCAGGAAUUGGCUGAGGCCCCUGGGGACCCACAGUGGGUGGAGACCAUCGGCAGGGACCUGCACCGCCAGUUCCCUCUGCAUGAGAUGUUUGUGUCACCCCAGGGUCACGGGCAGCAGGGGCUCCUCCAGGUACUCAAGGCCUACACCCUAUAUCGGCCGGAACAGGGCUACUGCCAGGCCCAGGGCCCUGUGGCUGCCGUGCUGCUCAUGUAUCUGCCCCCAGAGGCCUGUGCCCGCCCCCAGGAGGCCUUCUGGUGCCUGGUACAGAUCUGCGAGGUUUACCUCCCUGGCUACUACGGGCCCCAUAUGGAGGCUGUACGGCUGGACGCUGAGGUGUUCGCGGCCCUGCUGCGGCGGCUGCUCCCGCGUGUGCACAAGCACCUGCAGCAGGUGGGCGUCGGGCCCCUGCUCUACCUGCCCGAGUGGUUCCUGUGCCUCUUCGCCCGCUCCUUGCCCUUCCCCACGGUGCUGCGUGUCUGGGACGCUUUCCUUAGCGAGGGUGUGAAGGUGCUGUUCCGCGUGGGGCUGACACUGGUACGCCUGGCACUGGGCACCACUGAACAGCGCCUGGCCUGCCCGGGGCUCCUGGAGACGCUCGGUGCCCUUCGAGCCAUCCCGCCCACCCAGCUGCAGGAGGAGGUCUUCAUGCCCCAGGUGCACAGCGUGGCCCUGUCCGAACAGGACUUGCAGCGGGAGAUCAAGGCCCAGCUGGCCCAGCUGCCCGCGUCAGCAUCUGGGCCACCCCCGAGGCCGCAGGCCCGCCUGCCUGGGGCCCAAGCCAUCUUUGAGGCCCAGCAGCUGGCAGGAACCCGGGGAGCCACCAGGCCCGAGGUGCCCCGCAUCGUGGUGCAGCCCCCGGAGGAGCCCAGGCCGCCGCGGCGCAAGCCCCAGACCCGAGGCAAGACUUUCCAUGGGCUGCUGACUCGGUCCAGGGCUCCCCAUAUCGAGAGCCCCGCCAGGUCCCAUCGAGGCUCCACCUCCUCCCUGGACACCCGAUUCUGA